CCCUAGACAGCGUUUAUCAAAGAAAAACAAAACAGAACGCAAGCAACAAUUGCGUAUAAAUAAAUCAAAUUUCCAGCCGCAUAAUUAUUCUAAACUGUGAAAUGGCGAAUUCGCCGGCACCGGCCCGUGAUUGUGAGGAGGCACUGACUCGGCUUAGAAACUUUGGAUAUUCGUUUGAUGGAUCCGGCAUCUUGCGCAAAGUGGAUCCUGCUACUGGAGAGCCCGGAAAUGAACCCUUCUCCUAUAACGUCAGCGACGAUGCCGCAGAAAACGAAAAGCACUACCAAAAUCUGGCUAACCAAAUCCCGGAAAUUGUGUACGCUCUGCUGGAAAAAAAUGGCCUCAGUCGCACCUAUAUUCCCUUUGACAAGGCACCAGAGCGCUCAUCGUUCGUCUUCACCCAACCCGCGAAGCUUUCGCAGUCCAAGAAAUUGCUAGUUCUCAUCCAUGGUAGUGGACUCGUUAAGGCGGGACAGUGGGCCAGAAGUUUGAUCAUUAACAACUCACUGGACCACGGCUCUCAGCUGCCAUAUUUGCGAGAGGCGCAGAACCUUGGAUACGAUGUCCUUAUAACGAAUGCUAAUGAUUGUUCGCGAUUCUACAAUGGAAAGGAGAAUCCAAUCAAGGGUGUGGAAACUUCUGUGGAGCACAUGAAAUAUGUCUGGAAAAAUAUUGUAUUGCCCUCCAAACCGGAGAGUGUAGCCAUUGUGGCCCACAGCUACGGUGGUUGUCUCACACUAGAUCUGGUUGAGCGAUUUACGGAUUUCUUUAAAGAAUCUGUUUUUGCAAUUGCUUUCACUGAUGCUGUGAUGGGAAGUCCCCAAGCAAAGAACAGGGAUUACCUGUGCGAUGUGACUUGCGAUUGGGUUGCUAGCAAUUCACCCUUGGACACGCCCGUCUCCGAGUCAAAGAACAGUAUUCGAAGGAUUUCUGCUGGACACAACAAGCACGAGUGGACCUCUUACACGGCUAUAGAUUCCAUAUUUAAGUUCAUUGAGAAGAAGUAUGAGCAACGGAAGAAUAAGAAGUGACAGGCUUGAAGCCACUCGUUAAAGAAUUUUUGUAUGUCCCAUUUUUACUUCAAAUCUUGAAGAUGUGAAUAUAAAUUAUAUUUUUACCGCUUGCA